AAUUUUGAUCGAUAUCUCGUUUUGGACGAGAUUUGAUUGCUUCCUGUAAAAAAAAAAAUUUCGACACAGGACAGAAGAAAAGAAAAAAAAAGUCCAAUAAUUUUUAUUUUUUUGUGGUUACACAGAGAAGAGUUCGUAUGUCAACAUCAUCUACAGUAUCCCCCGGGCCGUCUGGUGUUGGGACACCUGAUAAUUCCAAAGGAGGGAAUCGAAAACGCAAGGGUGGAUCCGGGAGGGAGUCAGAUGAAGAAGAUGGACAAGGAGGGGGUUACAACCAAGAGCAGGCCGACAAAGAGAGAUUUGCCAGAGAGAGUCACUGUGAGAUUGAGCGACGAAGGAGGAACAAGAUGACCUCCUACAUCAAUGAACUCUGUGACAUGGUACCCACCUGUAGCACGCUGGCUCGGAAACCAGACAAACUAACCAUCCUCCGAAUGGCCGUGUCUCACAUGAAAACUUUAAGAGUUGCUGGGAACACCAGUGUGGAUGGCUGUUACAAACCAUCCUUUUUAACAGACCAGGAGCUUAAACACCUUAUUCUGGAGGCUGCUGACGGCUUCCUGUUUGUGGUUCAGUGUGACACAGGCAGACUGAUUUACGUGUCAGAUUCCAUCACUCAAGUUCUACACCAGUCUCAGGCUGACUGGUUUGGAAACUCCAUGUAUGAUCUUGUUCACCCUGAUGAUGUGGAGAAAGUGAGAGAACAGCUGUCUACUACAGAAUCUCAGAACACUGGCAGAAUUUUAGACCUGAAAACUGGAACAGUGAAGAAAGACAGCCACCAAACCUCUAUCAGAUUAUGUAUGGGGUCCCGCCGUGGGUUUAUUUGUCGUAUGAGAAUGGGUAAUGUAGACGCAGGCAGCAUGAACUCGAACCACACACUCCGGGCCCGACAACGGAAUACUCUUGGCCCCUCCCCUGACGGGAAUCAAUACACUGUAGUCCAUGUAACAGGCUACAUAAAGAACUGGCCGCCAUCAGGGGUCCAGAUGGACAGGGAUUCGGAUGAGAACUCCAGCACACACUGUUGUCUGGUGGGCAUUGGUCGUCUCCAGGUAACCAGUACUCCUAACUGUAGUGAUCUGAUGGGUCCAAAUGGUAGUACAGAGUUCAUCUCCAGGCACAAUAUUGAUGGAAAGUUCACAUUUGUAGACCAAAGAGUGACACCAGUACUUGGAUAUCAGCCAGCAGACCUUCUUGGAAAAUCUGCCUUUGAUUUCUACCAUCCAGAGGACAAAGCACACAUGAAAGAUACUUUUGACCAAGUAUUGAAACUGAAAGGACAAGUGAUGUCUAUCAUGUACCGGUUCAGGGCCUCCAAUCAUGAGUGGGUGUGGCUAAGAACCAGCAGCUUCAGCUUUCAGAAUCCCUACACUGAUGAAGUGGAGUAUAUCGUUUGCACAAACACAUCUGCCAAAAGUGUUCAGCAGGGAGCAGGAGCUUCUACUGCUCAAGGAAUGCCAAGUGAACAACCCCAAGAUCCUACCCCGUCCAUGGCCUCAUAUAACACCCCUCCUAGAGCUCCCAUGCCAGCCGAGAUGAAUUUGCAGUCUGCUAACAAGCAUGAUUUCCGAGAACCUUUCCAAGAUUAUAGCGCUGUCCUUACCAGUGCCAGACAAGUCGGUAGACCAGAGAUGUACAAUUACAACUCACCUUCUCAAAUCAAAUACCCUGGACAGAAUGCAGCCACCAACAUGCCCAUGUCACAGGCAUCUGGGGUCAGAAGAAGCCCCAACCCUGGGGGCUGGGCAGGCACUGCAGGUUUUCAGAAUCAGGGAGGCACUGAUUUUAGCAACAACCCUGCUUCUGGAUUUUCACAGAUAAGCCCCAACAGCUCAUCACCUGCUGGACCACCCACCUAUACUCAGCUUGGAUCACAAAAUAUCCCCAGCUCACAACCAAAUAACUUUCCUCAUUCCUCACCCCCCUCCACUAACAGUCAGGGUAUGUGGCCCCCUCACUGGCAGGGAGGGACAGCAGAGGCCCAGCAGAACACCCAGGGGCAGCAGGCCCCCAACGGUCAGCAGAACGAGGAGUUCAGUGAUGUGUUUCGUAUGUUGGAUCCUCCUGGCCAAGAGUUUAAUGAUCUCUCAGGGAUGUUUAACACAUUCCAGGACUAGAAAUGCACAAGGAAGGUGUUUCUCAUCAUCGUUUAUGAAAUCAAACAUCGUUGUUUUGAUACCAAAUUUGGUCAUAUUGUUGGACUUCCUCAUUAUUUUAUUUUGAGUAUACAAUGUCCUUUAUUUUAUACAUGUACUCGGAUUCACAAGUCUGAGAAUUUUCCUUGAAAGCAUAGGAAACAACUGUCAGUGAGAGUUGUUUAAGUGGGGCAGUAGGUAGCCAUUUGUGCUCAUGAAAUCAACAUUGCAUUUGUUUCUCAUCAGUGAAUUUAGACAACAAGAAGUCUCGAACUGAAUGUCACUACAAUUUCCAUUUUGAAAAUGUUUUGUUGUUGAUUAUUUCACAAUGUUUUGUUGUGAUAUUAUUCAGAUUAUAGUCUAGUAGUUAUGUUAUUGUUAUUCUUAGAUUCAUUUCCACUUUCAGUUUUUUGUGGUGCUUUAAAUGACUUUGUUAUACAUAGGUACUUGUGCAUUCAGACAAACUAAAAGGAAUUUUGCUGUCAACAUAUUAUUCUCCAAGUGCUGUUGUAGUGCUGAAAAGAGUAAAAUUUUAUAAUAUUACUGUAAACAAUUCCCGAAAUGUCAGAGCUUGAAAUUUGAAAAGAAAAAAAAAACAGAUUGUGCAGUGUAAUUCAAUCAGAGUGAUGUGUACACUGAUUUAAUCAUUGUGAUUAUCCCUAUUAUAGAGGGCAUGUUCAAUGAGUAGCCAUUUUACUCAUCACAAAUAAACAGAUAUUGUAAUGGCUUAUUUUCAUGCAGUAUGUUUAGUUUCAUAAAAAUACUUGACUGAAGUAGAUGAUUUAAAAAAAAAAUACUGGAUUUCCUACUAAGAUUAAGGAAAUAUAUACAUGUGUACAUAGUAAAUAUCUUUUCAAAAAAAGAUUUCUUGUGAUCUGAACAUUUCGCUGGAUGUAAAGAAAACAGUAUUUUCUUCUUUCCCUUCAAGUAAUUGGGGAAAAUUUGAUUUUGACUUCAUGCUGGGUUUUUUUUAAAACCAAAAUAAGCCAUUAUGAUACAAACAAAUUUUGUACAUACCUGUAAAUGUUUGUCCUGUGCUACAACCUGUUACUAUUGUACAUUUAUAUUAUUUUAUAUAUGUAGUUUUGAUUAAGAUCUGUUUUAUUUACAGAUGCUUUGAAUAAUUUAUUCCAUUGUUUUCACAUUUUGAACAUGAAGGAUGUUGUAAAUAUAUGACACCUGUAUCAGCACUACUUAGAGAAUAUAUGCUAAGCAGGGAUGAAAAAAGAAUGGCGUGCAAUCCUAGUUAACUCAUUUCGGAGACUAUGUUUUAGAUAAUGAUUACUUCAAAGAAAAACACAUUUACAUAUUCCAUUUUGUAUGAUUUCCUCCAAGUUAUAUGUAAUGUCAGUCGAAAACAUUGUUGCAAAUUCAGCACCUCUCCAUUAUGUAGUAGAAGUCAGAAUUGGGUAGGAUUCAUCAAAGAGAUUGUAUUUUUAAAUCAUGUAUGAUGUUAAUCAUUUGUAAUUUUCAUUAAAGAAUGGAGGUUUUAUAUAAUCUCAAAAUUUAUUAAUUUUGAUCUCAGCUGAGAAAUUCAAUUUAAGAUUUGCCAUUUGCUUUUAAUGCUUUCAUAAAUGACACUGAGGUUUUACCCGGAAGAAUCAAAUACACAGAUAUUUUUUUUUAUUGAUUUUUUUUGAUAAAUGGAAUUGUAAAUGCUUGUUCUGUUACCUUUUAUAGUUUGCAAAUUGUUAUUUAUGAUACACAUAUGGUAUGUGUUGAUUUUCAGAAAGUAUUUUCUUUUUUAACAUAUUUUUUAAUUUACAGUAGACUCACACAAUGUUUAUUCAUAUUUAUCAUGUUUUAUAUUUUUUACUGUUUUCCUCUAGCUAUAAAGUAUUGAGGACUAUAAACAAUUAGAUUUGCGGAGAUAUGUGCAUAUUAUUUGAAAUAUUAAAAAUGCCUUUUUCAACGUGUCAAGAAAAGCCAGUUUUAUUGUGAUGUAUUGAACUACAGUAUUUAAAUUUUUCAUAUUAUUGUGCACAUUAUUUUUUCUUUCAGUAACUACAAGAGCUGCAAAUUUUGUUAAGAUAUGAUAAGAGCCUAAUUUAGCCCCACAAAAAUGUGAAUUCUGAGAGAUUUCAAAUACAUGUACCUAUGUUUUUCAAACUUGAAUUCCUUUGUGACAAAAGUAAGAAAAUCUUUACCACCAGUUAUUAGCCAUUUCUUGAAAUUCGUAGUCAGAAGUUGCACAUCUCAUCGUCUGCUGUCUUAUUCUUCUUCUUUUUUUUUUUCUUUUUUUUUUUUUUUUUUUUACCAAAUCUUAGAUUUAAAAGUACUUGACUUUUGUAAGAAUGAAACAUAGUGACUUUGUGAACAAGAUUGAUAUUUCUGCCAUUAGGAAUCUUUGAAGGAUGCUUAUAUAUCACAAUAUGAUUCUUGUCCAUAGUUGCUCUAUAAUUAUGAAAAUGGUACAAAUAUGUGUACAUGCAAUUUGUUAGAUAUUUUCUGAAAAUAUUACAUUUAGAAAAAUAAGCAUUUUGACUUAAUUUGAAUAGCAUUAAGAUAUGGCAUCACUUCUGGUGCUAUCAUUUUCCAAAUGACUGUAAAUUAUGGGAGGUAAAUCAUGUAAAGCUACAAGACAUCUCUUAUGAAAUAAAAGAUUUUAUAUCUUACAAAAUCCCUUAAAGACUGCCAUCAUAUAUAGUCCUUUCAAGAAUAUGGGAAAAGUCUAACAUUUAUAACUUCAUGUCUUAGGAUUAUCAGCAUUUUUUAAAAGUUACAUAUACUACAUUAAUAUACAUACCAUACAUGUAUAACGGGUAUUUCUGCAUUUGGAAAUUUUUGCAAUGUGAUCCCGAUGAGGUAGCAAAUUAUAUUGUGUUUCCAAUUUUGAUGAUUGCAUUUUACCUAUAUGUAUCAAUAUAUAUAUAUAUAUAUUGUGAUUGUAAUUUUUGCAGUUUUUUCUUAUCUGCAAAAUUCUGCAAAAAAAUGACCAACCACAGAAAAUACCCAUUAUACCGUAUGCUCAUAAUUCAAAUAAAACAAUCUCUGCUUCAAAAAUAUAUAAGUCAGUAAAAAUAGCUGCAGAUGAUAUUGAUUUAUUAGAGCAUUCAAUGAGGUGUAGUACAUCUCCAGUUUUUAGAUCAGUGCAAAGAUCAUGAUGGAACUAAAAAAAAAAAAAUCAGCACAUUUUCAUUUUAGAAUUCUUAUCUAUAACAGAUUUUAAAAAGUCUAGUGCAUUGCAUUGUAAAUGCAGCCUGUUGUUGCAUCAGAUCUACUAUAUAUUCAUGUAAGACAACAGAAAAAUCCGCAAAAUAAUGUAUAAUGUCAGAAUGGUUUUCAUUUUUCCAAAGAUGGUUGAUUUUAGUGAUGUACAUGUAGUUGGAACAUUUUUUUUUUUGACUGUGUAUAAUUUUUAUUCAUCAGUAAAGUUGCACAGUGCUUCCCAAAUGUGCAUUACUUUCAUUCAUUGAUAUACAUGUAUAUGUUCCUGAAUAUAUCUUUCAUUUUUGAAAAUCUCAGGAAAAGUCUUGAAGUAAUUGUCCGCAACAACAUUCUGACUGCAGAUUUUAGGAAAUGAAUCUGUUACUCUGGUGAUCGGUAUAAAGCCAGCGUAAAUGUGCCAUAUAUAAACAUGUCGUUUCUGUACAUCAUUGCCAAUAUAUAGUCUUCAUUUGUAAAAAAUCAAACGAUGCAAGUCACUGUAGCUUGGUCACAAGUUGCGAUAAUUUUUUAAAAUAUUUAAAUUCCUUCAUCUGUGCUUUUCAUACCAGAUGAUGAGGAACUGUUAUUUUGUAUCUCGGUCAAAUCAAAAGAAAUCUUUUAAAUAUUUCAUUAGUUUUGAUUGUAUAUCCUUGGAGGGUUUUUUUUUUCACUCCUUUUCAGAUUUUUGGUCAAGUUUUAAAACUUUUAUUUUGGAAACUUGAAUGUUUAUUGCGGGAAAGCAACCUUGAUUUAUAUUUCUUAAGAAAACUUGGUUAUACACAUAUUGUUAUUUCUACAAGUGUAUUUUAUAAACAUCAAAUCUUGUAUGCCUGUGUUUCGUACAUGUAAAAUGUGUUUUUGUUGUCAUUCCUUGUAGUAUGUUAAUAAAAUCAUUUACAUGUAAAUAUAAA